AUGGCGCAGGAAUUGAUUCAACUUCAACCAGGAGCACAGGUGGACCUCUUUUCCAACAUGGUGCUAUUUUGUAGCCGACUUACACAAGCCGAAUUGUUUGUUCAGGUAGAGCGAUGGACGAUUGAGAAGAAGCUUGGUGAAGGUGGCUUCGGAGCCGUAUACCGCUGUCGAGAUCCCACUGGUCAAUACGCCCUCAAAGUAGAAGGGGUGGCCGAGCAGAUUCAGGUGUUGAAAAUGGAAGUAUUCGUGCUGACGGAAUUGACAAAACGUGGUUCGAGACAUUUCUGCAGAAUCGAAGAUAAAGGACGAUAUGGAAAUUUCAAUUAUGUGGUUAUGACCCUUGUGGGUAAGUCGCUACAAGAUUUGAAUCGCGGAGGUCCUGGAGGGCAUAUGACACUUGGAUGUGCGAUUUCAUGUGGAAUUCAAUGCCUAGAAGCCUUAGAAGAUCUUCACAAUAUCGGCUAUCUACAUCGUGAUGUUAAGCCCGGUAAUUAUACCAUUGGUCGUGCUGAACUAAAUGAGUUGCGUAAAGUGUACAUUCUCGACUUUGGUAUGUGCAGAAAAUUCACCAAUGAUCAGGGCAUUAUCCGAAAGCCUAGGCAAGCUGCCGGUUUUCGUGGAACAGUGCGCUACGCUCCGAUUUCGUGUCAUCUUCAGCGAGAACUAUGCAGGAAGGAUGACUGUGAGACAUGGUUGUACAUGCAAGUCGAAUUGACUUAUGGUCGACUUCCGUGGAAAGAAAUACAAGACAUGAAUCAAGUGGGUGAAUAUAAGAAGCGUGUGCGUCAACCAAUGUACAUCAUGGAACUGUUUCCACCACCGUGCCCUCGUGAAUACAUUGAAGCCUUGCAGUACAUCGACGGCUUAAAGUACUACGAUGCACCCAACUAUCAAAUGAUAUACGGGAUAAUGCGACGAGCACUUGCGUCAAAUCACGUGCAAGAAUAUCCAUACGACUGGGAACCGGGCGGUCCCACGGCUCAUGUCCUCGGCUAG